AGUAAUUCGACUCAACUCGAGCACACGUGUCGAUCAUUGAGUGAGUGAAUGAGUGAACGAGUCGAGUCUGUACAACAAGCAUGGCAUCACACAAAAUGCGUAUACAAACAUGGUACUCUCAAGACACAAGUGCUCUAAGUCCGAUAAUCGACAUCAAAGCAUAAGACACCCACCUCUCUCUCUCUCUCUCUCUCUCUCUGUAGCCGUGUGUGAGGGUGCCCAGACCAUGUCGAAGUGAGGGACUUCACAUUGGGUUGUGAAACCACUCACUCGGCCUCAUCCCCGGCCACCCACCCACACAGACACACAGAUACACAGACACACGGAUGCAACGAUACACGCAGAGGUCGUCAUCCCGACACGCCGCCCACGUUCUUGGUCGCGGCGAACCUGACCCUGUUGUGCCGAUUCAGCCGUCGCAAGAACUUCUGCAUCCUCGUCUCGCGCCGCUUGCCGCGCUUCAUCAUGACGCUGGCGUUGGCCUUGGGCAUACAGAGCCCGCCCAGCAGGGGCUUGCCGACCUUCAAUCGGUACUUCUCGCCGGCCAGCUCUAACGGGAAGGGGCUCUGUCUCACAUACAACGAACCUGCACACACACAGAGAGGCACAGAGAGAGACACACAGAAAGAGAGAGAGGGAGAGGGAUGUGUACACAACGAGGGAAAAGUGUCUGAGAGUGGCGUGUAGGCACGAUGGACCAAAAGGGAGGGUGGUGUGUGUGGCAGGCAGGCAGAGAGAGAGUGAGUGAGUGCGUCGUAUGAUAUGGUCACAUGGUCACAUGAUCACAUACAUACAUGGCUGGUGGCUGUGAGUGGGUCGGGCGGUCAGUCCCAUAGCACGAGCUUCCUGAGCUCCUGCUGCGAGAUGUAUUUCUUGCGCCCAGGGCCCGUGUUGGGGUUCCUGUGCCGCCCCGCAGCCUCAGCCGGGAUGCUCUCACUAUCAUCACCUCCUCCCCCCUUUCCCUUGUCACCCUUGCCUCUCUGGUGUUGCCGCCCCUCUGCUGCUGUUGGCGAUGGCUUGCCUUGCUGCUGCUUGUGUGGGUGUGGAGCUGUGCGGGAGCGGCCCGGUGCUUGCUGAUGCUGGUGCUCCUCACCUUGGGUGAUGGCCCGAUUGUCGAUGUACUGACGACACACAGACACACAGACGGUCAAAAGGACAUGCAAGGAGCUGCGAGGGUCCCGCCUGUGUGCGUACUUACUUUGGUUUGUAUGAGUUCCCAUGCGGCUGGGAAGACCUUGGUUUUGACGUCCAUGCCGUGAUGGGCCUCCAUCGGACCUGUGCACACACCCAUACACAGGGGUUGACGUCCAAGCACAGCACACUUCGAUAGUGUCGUCCGCUUACUCAGGACGUAUUUGGGAACGUCUGCCUUCUCUGUCGGCCGACCGAUGCCGAUGCGAAGUCGGUGAUCUGAAGAACAGUGACGGCGAUAAAUUACUGACGGUCGGGGGCUUUGCGCGGUUCUGCUGCUUACAGUCCUCGGUGCGUAGUGAAUCGGUGAUGGACAUCAGACCUGCUCAUAUGCAAAACAGGCCAGACGUGCAGCAGCUCGUGUCUGCGCUGCGCAUCUACUCCUAUCUACCUCUGUGUCCGCUGGCGCUGCCGCCCUCCUUGAUGCCAAACCACCCGGGAGGCUUCUCAAGCUCGUCAUGCACCACCUGAACACACACACACACACACAUGGAGUUCGCCCACACACAAGUCCACACGGCCUGCAGCCCAAGUAUCGUCUGUUAACUCUCCUCACCAGCAGGCUGUGCGCGUCUGUCUGCAAGUAUUUGAGUAUCUUGCUCACACACGAUCCGCUCAAGUUCAUGGCCGUCCACGGCCUCACCAGCGUCACACGCCAAGGAGGCUGGCCAGAGACCAAUCAACCACACCACAUCACCUGCCAUGAUUCAUUCCGCCGGCCUGUUCUCAUGUGUGUCCUCUCACCACGUCAGCAAUGGUUGCGAGGCCCGCCGAGAUCUUCCGCCACGGCCCACCGCCAUGCUUCUCCCGAACGUAAUCCACAAAGGCGAGGCCUGGCAAACGCACAAGAGAGCAGAUCUUGGUUCGGAGAAGCCAUGUGUGUCAGUUGCUGACCGACGCUGUGUCUGACGAUGCCGAAGGGUCCUCCCUGCGUAACAGGCGAUGGAUUGCCCAGACCAACGAUCACCAGGCCCGCCUUGCCCAGUUUCAACGGGCUGCCCUUGCUCAUCUGAUUCACCACAUCAGGCACCGUCCCGUGAGGUUAACAAAACGAACAACAGAAGAG